AUGCUCAUCACCAAAACAUUCCACGACGUACCCAGCAAACUCGAUAACGGACGUCCAAUCCGUAUCUUUGUGGUUGCUCCUGUUGUCCCAAACUAUCCCCAAGCAAAGUUUCCCGGUAAUGAAAUCUAUCAAGUGACUGGGCCAGUGGAAAGGUUUGCUGGUAAGAUCGCGAGUCAGGGAUAUGUGGUCGCUUGCCCUUCGAGCUACCACGAGUUUCAGGGACCAGAGGCAAUUCCGUAUGACAACGAAGGGACUGAUAGGGGGAAUAAAUAUAAGGCAAACUUCUUUAUAUCACGACGGUCUGCAUUCUCACCUACUCCCGAUGCUACGCUCUCCAUAGACCUUCUAGUUUCAUUACCAAACUGCAACGGUCGCAUUGCAGCGACAGGGAUGUGCUUGGGAGGACACUUGGCAUUUCGGGCUGCUUUCGAUCCCCGUGUACUAUCCACGGUGUGCUUCUUCGCGACCGAUGUUCACAGUGCAACUCUCGGCAAAGGCAAGAACGAUGACUCUCUUGCGCGUGUUUACAAGGGAGAUAUGACAGGCAAAGGUGAACUUGUGAUGAUCUUCGGGAAACAGGACACACAUGUCCCUCGCGAAGGUCGUGAUCUCAUCCGCAAGACUCUUGAGGAUGCCGAUGUGACCUGCUCUUUUCUGGAAGUGCAGGCGCAGCACGCAUUCAUCAGAGAUGAAACUUCGAAAGGUCGAUGGGACGCUGCCCUCACGCGGUCCAUGUUUAUGUUCAUGAUGGAAGUAUUUGAGAGAACCAUCGGAAGAGAUCUCGGGCCCAAAGUCGGGGAAAGAGAGGAAGUGGAGCAUGUAUGCUAG